GCCCCGCGGGCACCCGGCCUCCGCGGGGGCGGCGGGCGGAGAGUAAAAGCGGGCCCCGGCAGGGACGCGGGGCUGGAGCCGGACCCGCCGCCGCCAGGGCAAGGUAGUAGGUGGAGCCAUUGGAGAAGUCCAGGCAUAACAAUCUGGAGAUGACAGGUGGAAAUGAAUCCUGUACUGCAGGACCAACAUCUAUGUCCUACUUAUCUUGCCUGACUUACAUUCUGGAAGAAUGGACCGGUGUGGAGGAUAUUGGAGAUUAUCUGAGUUAUGCAUUUUAUAUUUUAUGGUUGCUUUUUCCACUUGUAGUAGUCUUUGUACUUCCAGGAGUUAUCGUCAUUCUCUUCUAUGUUUCCAUUCUCUGGCUUCAUAUUUAUAAAAGGAAGAAUGAAAUAAAGGAAGCUUAUUCCCAUGAUGUUUGGAUAGGUGCAAGAGAAAUGCUGGCGACCAUAUGGGAUGGACAUGGAAGAAUAUGGCACGGUUAUGAGCUUCAUGGCGUUGAAAAUAUUCCUCAAGGUCCAGGACUCGUUGUGUUUUAUCAUGGAGCUACUCCCGUUGACUAUAUCUAUUUCUCAGCUAGACUUCACAUAAUGAAGAAGAGACGCUGCAGUGUAGUAGCAGAUCAUUUUGUCUUCAGAUUACCAGGUUUUAGAAUACUGCUUGAGGUAUUUGGAGUUAUACAUGGCCCAAAAGAAGCUUGUGUCAGGACUCUGGAGGAGGGCCAUCUGUUAGCCAUUGCCCCAGGUGGGCUUCGGGAAGCACUCUUCAGUGAUGAAAUGUAUACUAUUUUGUGGAGUGAUCGGAAGGGCUUCGCUCAGGUGGCCAUUGAUGCAAAAGUGCCCAUCAUUCCUAUGUUUACACAAAAUGUUCGAGAAGGCUUUAGGACAUUAGGAGGAAUAAAAAUACUUAGGUCGCUAUAUGAGCGUAUUAGAUUGCCAGUAGUUCCUCUGUAUGGGGGAUUUCCUGUCAAGCUACGUACAUUUAUUGGAGAACCCAUUCCAUAUGAACCAAAUAUGACUGCUGAGGAACUAGCUGAAAAGACAAAAGCAGCAGUCCAAGCUCUCAUAGAAAAACAUCAGAAAAUACCAGGAAAUAUAUUUAGGGCUUUAAUGGAACGAUUUCAAGCACAAAAGAAAGAAGAUUAAGGUCUUCUGAAGUUAAACUUCUAUAACUACUAUUUAGUUAUAAUAUUCUUAAAGUGACAUUUGUAAAUUAUUCAUUCUUCUAAUAAUAGGUUUUUAAAUACUGUCCUAAUGAUACUGCUGUAUAAUUUAAGAUAGAAGUCACUUGCCCUUGCCCUUUCCCCUGUCCACUAUCAAGCUCAGUAACCCAAACUUCAAAUCGUUCAAUGGUGCAAAGUUUAAUUUUUCAUAAAUGCAUUCCUACCUUGGAAGUGUCUGGGUUGUUGAUUCUGGGUUUGUUUUGGGGUUUUUCUUCCAAAUAGUACUGCAAGCUUUUAUGUAUAUGGUCUGUCUUCCUUUUGAUCUGUCACUGUCACCCAUCCCCACCAUGAUGGAUCUCUAACCUGAAUGUCAAACCCUCUGCAGAGCUAGAAUCUCACUGUCUUGACCCUCAUCAGUGUCAGGUGGUUUUGUGGGCCGCCAUACAACACGUUUGAAAACUUUCCUGAGAUUGUUACCCUCACACUACUGGGAAACAGUCCACCACUUUUGGCCUGCAGAACCUCUACCAAUGCCUGCAAAACCUGUGUUGCAAACUGUUUAGUUUUGCUGGGUGAGCUCAGAAAGGGUUCAGAGGAGUGAAAAUUGAUUAGAGAACUACAGCGAUCCAAGGAGGUUUGUUAUGGAAACCACUCCAGUGCUGUGAAUGAGAGCCGUACAACACAACUGCUAUUCCAAGCCGAGACAUAAUGGAUAUCUGCCUUUGAGUAGAGACUUGUCCCAUUUAUUUCUCAGUGAAUCUACAAAUUCUCUUUGGAACAAUGAGCCGAGCAUUCAAACAUCAAGAGGUAGAGAUGAGAGUACUGUAUAGUAACAUGAGCUCAAAAAUUUGUAUUUUGAUGGAAAGAGAAGAUUGUUACAACACUGUAAAAGCAGUAGUUCUUUUGAAAAACAGGACUGGCAUUCCCAAAUAACUUUUAGAUUUAGUAUGUGGGUAAACUAUUAAAUAUAUUCUCCAAACAGUUCCUUAUGUAAGUUAAAAAAUGGAGAGGGAAAUUCUGUAUACUUUCAUUAAGUGAAAACAAUUGAAUCAACAGGAGAGAGUUGCAAGAUUGGGCUUUUGUGCACUUACAGUGAAUUAUAUUAUUAUAUUUUUAUUAGCUAAAGCCUAUGGUUUUAUUGUCCAAAUAGGAAAUAUCUGAAGUAUUUCUUCUAAUUUCCAGGAAUUUUAAUCUACAGUUCUUAAAUUAACAUCUGGGAACUUUUUAGUUCUGGGAUGAGGACAAAUUCCUUCAGAAAAGACAAAAGAAGUUUUUGCUGUAUGAUGUGGUUGCCUUUCAAUGUUGUCGAGGUUUAAACUUUCCUAAAAAAAAAAAUACCCCCCCCCCAAAAACAAAUAACCAUCAUUUGAAGGAGAAGUUGUAUUCAAUAUAGUAGUCAUUCCUCUCACCAUUUAAGCACAUACUUAUGCUCUUUUAAAUGUGUAAAUCAGUGACAUUGCUUAAGUGCAGAUGGGUGAUGCUGUAUGUUAGAAAAAUAUCACAUAAUGGGAAAUUGUCUAUCAAAUGUGGUUUACAAGAAGCAAAGGAUGUACUAAUUUUGAUAUUGUUUUAUACCAAAAACAUUUUACAUGGUGUUAAAUUUUUUCAGGCUUUGGGAAGAAUCAUGGUGUAUAAAAGCAAAUGCCCAUUCUGAAGUUUUUUAAAUGACUUGGGUUUUACUUGAAGGCAAGAUCAUGUUCCUUUUAUUUUCUUGGACUGUGUUUCAAAUAUACUGUUAACAUUAAAAGUGAUGCUGAAUUCCUGCACUGAAGUAUAACUUAAGUAUGACCUAUUUUUUACUGUCCAUCUUGAGAAAAAUGUACAUCAGUCUAUGUUGUGAACAUCUCAAAGGCAGCUGAACAUCUUUUGUGUUGAGGUUGCAUAUAUGUAAAAGAGAACUCAGUCUAAAAGGUUCUGUUAGACAUGAGCGGACAUUGUUAUGGGAGAUUUUGAAAAAUUUAUUUUACUAAGUAUGUGGGCUAUUUGCUGCAAUUUUGUCCCUUUAAGUAUUGAAAGAUCAGUAUAAAAAAUGAAGGGCAGUAUUGGUACUAAGUGUUCAUAUUUGUAUAGGCCUUUCAUAUUUAUUUCUAUAUAUUAAAAAUAUAAGAAGACACCUUUUGAAUAAAAUUGACAACUGGAGCAGA